GUCUAACAUGCGUGGGACAUGCAGGAUAUUGAUGGAUCACACUGUGAUCCUAUUGAGGACAUUUUCUUAACUGCUCGCAGUUGUUGGAAACAAACAGGCAGUUUUAUGCCACAGACUGACUUACAUUGCACCACCCAUUUCUCAACAUUGACGAGAGAUUUGUACUACAAACUAAAUUGUCUGAAAGAACCAAGGAACAAGCUUUAUUUGAUCUCUUUAGUGAUAGGGUACCACACGUUACAAAAGCUAAGACAGGUGAUGUUGCCUGGGAGGAUGCUGGUGUCUGGUUGAAGUCUGUCUUGCAGGUCACUGACUGGGAAGUUAGAGCGGAUGGGUCUAAAUUCUCCCCCGGCACACAUACUCUGUGUGGGCUGCGCCUGUUCAACGAGGCGUGCAUAGCUUAGAUAAUGCAAAACCAACUAAACAGAUGUUAGCGGUUUCACCCUUGUUGGCUGGUCUCCCAGACUCUCUGUGGGCUAAAGAUAAGUAUGACAUUGGGCUAAUGAGACGGGUGAAACCGCUUACCGUCACACCUAAGAGCACACACACAGAUCCAGCCGAGUCCGUAUCCUCUGAGUCAGGAGGCAAUGCAGGGGAUUACCCCUAUUAAUGCCUCAUUUGUAGAAAGAGGAGCAAUUGUGCCUUGUCCCAGACUCUCCCUGUAACACCCCCAUCCUUCCCGUCCAGAAAGUCUCAGAUGAUUGGCGUUUUGUUCAAGAUCUUAGACCUGUUAACUAUGCAGUUUAUACAAGGGCUCCUGUUGUGCCAAACCCCAUUACAGUGUUGUCUGCAGUGCCAGCGUCAGCUAAAUGGUUUUCAGUUAUUGAUCUAACAAAUGCUUUUUUUUAGCAUUUCCCGUCGCACCAGAAUCACAGUUCUGGUUCGCUUUUACGUUUCUGAACAAGCACUGGACUUGGACCGUUUGCCCAUAAGGUUAUACGGAAUCGCUGGCUGUGUUUUCUGCUGCUUUGGCGCAACAUUUUGAGGGUUUCAUACCCCCCGGGAGUAUGUUAAUACAGUAUGUCGACGACCUGUUACUGUGUUCUGAAACCAAACAAGCAUGCGAAGUAGACACCAGAGCUCUGUUAGUGUUUCUUGCUGAAAAUGGCCACAAAGUCUCAAAGAAAAAGCUGCAGCUUGUCUCUCAAUCAAUUAAGUAUCUGGGACGUGACAUUACACCAAAUGGUAGAAAAUUGGAUCUAGAACGUGUGGCUGCAAUUUUGUCUGUACCACAGCCGGUUACAAAACAACACAUGUUGACACUCACAGGAAUGGCAGGCUAUUGCAGAGCCUGGCUGCCAGACUAUGCUGAAGUUGUACAGCCUCUCUCUGAUCUCAUCCAUGGCCACAAGAUGGCGAUGAAUGACAAGAUACAGUGGACUCCUGAGGGUCUGGAGGCAUUUGACAAAUUGAAACAACUGCUAACCUCUUCUCCUCGUUUAGGUUUGCCAGAUCAUUCUAAACCAUUUAAUCUGUUUGUUUGCGAGACAAAGGGUUUCAUGUCCUCUGUUCUCACUCAGGACAAAUGGUGGGAAGCAGAGGCCUUUUGCUUACUCUCACAGGUACGUACUGCCCACCUCACUCCAGCAAGGCUGCUCCAUUAUCAAAAUGUUAGCCUGAAGCGCUGCACUGUCCUUAACCCUGCCACUCUUCUGCCAACCGAUGAUGAUGGGGACCCUCACGAUUGUGCCGUCCUUGUGGACCAGGUCUGUAAGCCCCGCCCUCAUUUAUCUGAUGUGCCCCUCAUGAAUUCUGAUUUGGAACUGUUUGUUGAUGGCUCCGCCCCAAAAUCACCUCAAGGCGAACCAUUAGUGGCUUAUGCAGUAACUAUGGCUGCCACUACCCUAGAGAGUGCUACAUUACCACCACAUCUGUCAGCCCAAGCUGCAGAAUUGUUUGCUCUUACUAGAGCAUGCAUUUUGGCUAAGAAUAAAACUGUAAUGAUUUAUUCUGACAGCAGGUAUGCGUUUGGGGUUUUGCAUGACUUUGGUACACUCUGGAAGCAACGCGGGUUCCUCAACUCAUCUGGAAAUGCUGUUGCUGAUAUGGCUGCUAAGGCAACCGCAACAUCAACUGUCUCCUCCACACUCCAAAUGGUUUCACUUCCUGUUUUUGUGAAAAACAUGUUUUCCUUACAGGAUGUCUCUGAUCUGAAAUUAGGUGCAGGGCCUGGGGAGGUGAGACAGUGGAGGAACACUAUGGGUGUUAAAAUUCCGAUCACAAAUCUGCUGUGCAGUUGUGUGAGGGCAUAUAAGUACAUGGACUGUGUCCCAAAUGGAAGCCUAUUCCCUGUGUAGUGUAAUGCAGUGCACCACUUUUGGCCAGAGCCCAUGGGGUGCACUAUUUAGGGAGUAGGGUGCCAUUUGGGCUGGAUGAUGUAGUUACUUGGAGAAAGUGACAUUGGUCACUAAAUGACAAAAACUGUAAUUUUAGGUAAUAUAAACAGUUAAAAACAUUUAACUGCAGCAUAUUGUAAAUGAUGGUGCAUUGUGGGGAAAAUUACUGUAUUUCGAAUGGUACUGUAAUUCCAUCCCACAUAAUACAUCACCAUACUGUAUCUUUGGAGCGCAAAAAAAACGUUUUACCACUAGUGUGUGCAUGGUAUUGUUGUUUCUGGCUCAUAAACAUAUUUUGAGGCAUGCCUUGUAAGAGGCUAUAGUUAUUUCACCAGUGAGUGAAAAUGCUGCACCAAUUUAACUCAUACAGCAUGUGCUUAUAGUGCCCCACCAAUUUAAAAUGUAUAAGGGACAGAUUGGAGUGGCAGCAAGUAGUGAUGGGAAACCGAGGCUUUCUGAAGGCUUCAUUGCUUUCACCAAAUUGUGCCAAAAAACAGUUAAUUACAGAGCUUCAUUCUGUUCAAAAUUCACGUUAGCGACAUCUGAUGGUCAGCAAUAUAAAGCAGCGUGUGAUUAUCAGAUAGCUGUUUUCCCCCACUGUUUUCAUACAAAUUCUGUGGAGCAACAGUACGUUGUUGGCUUUAGUAUCCUAUGAUCGUUGGAAUACCAGGUUUGCAUCUUACAUCAUGCUUCCCUUUUUUGCCUUCAAGUUUAUUUAUUUUUUUAAAUGGAAUCUAUGGCAUUAUUUAGGAUGCUUAAGACAGAAAUGUAUACUAUACUAAAUAAAACAAAUUAUUUGAACAACAAUGCAGAAAGUGUGGUUUCACAUAAAAAACAAUUCAAAGUAGUGUGUCUUCAACGGUAUUCGACCACAUAUCCUCACGUCCCUAAAUGUUCCGUAAU